AUGGCCAGUCAGCCAUCGCAGGGAGCGGAUCCUUCCGCUGCUGCGGCUAAUGCUGCCGCUGCGAGUGCUGCGUCACAGCAGCAUCAGGGAGGAGCACACGCGCAGCAGGUAGCUGGUUACCAGCAGGCAAUGCACAUGAUGCACGUGCAGGGAGGACACGUGGCGAACGCUGGUGCAAUGCCGCAGGGAUACCCUCAACAGGUGCUGUUCCAGGGGCCGUGCCUGGCGCUGCUCCUGGCUCAAUCCCUGGAGGUUCUUCAGGUGCUGCUCCAGGUGGAAUUCCAGCCGCGUAACUUUGCUGCCCCCAUCCCACUGUCGCUCUUCGGGGAGGAGGAGGAACCGGAGGAGGAGGAGGUGAAGAAGGAGGAGAGUAAGCAGGAGGGAGAAGCAUCAGCAGCAGCAGAAUCAACGGCAGCUGCAGAGGCGGUAGCAGCAGCGCCAGGAGCAGCAGCAGGAUCGUCUCUUGAAGCUGAUGCUGAGGAGGAUGAUGACUUUGGUGACUUCUCAUCCGUCCCAUCUGCUAGCGCAGCCCCCACUGCCUCCACCGAGUCUGCUGCUUCCACUGUCGCUCCUAUCGCUGCUGAUUCUGACCCAACCACUGCUGGUUCUGCUGUGACCGCUGCUCCAGUGCUUUCAGCAGCAGCUGUGCCUGCCGCUGUAUCAGUUGCAGCGGCAGGGGCAGGGUCAGUAGAGGAGGAGGACGAGUGGGGGGAUUUCUCAGAUUCUUUCGCUCCGGCUCCUGCUGCUCCUGCUGCCCAGCCGAUUCCCUCUCAGCCGGAUUUUUCACAGGCGAAUAUUCCCCAGGUGGAUGCUACCAAUAGUCCCGCUCCCACUGUACCAGCUCCGAGUUUCUCUGCUGCUGCUCUGUCCCACCCUUCUCCUGCCCCUUCACCUUCGUCCUUCCUUGGUCCUAUAUCUCUGGCCGGCUUUCAAACCACAGCACCGGCCCCAUCAGCAGUGGAAGCAGCAGCAGCGCCAGUGGCAGCGGCAGGUGGGGUUGGACCCGUGGAGCAGCAGCAGCAGCAGCAGGAGCAAGAGGAGGAUGACUUUGCUGACUUUGUCACCAGCGGGCAAUCAGAGGCACCCAAGCCUGCACAGGCAUCGGAGAAUCAAGCAGUUGGAGACCUUACCUCCUUCGGCACUGGGCUGUCUACUGCCUUUGGCUCUGCCGCUGCUGCAGCACCCACCACAUCCGCACCUCCUACAACACCCGCACCUGCUCCCGCACCUGCACCCGUACCGGCAUCCGUAUCUGCGUCCUUUUCUUCGCCAGUACCAGCAGCCAUGGCAUUCGACCCUGAUGACGACUUUGGUGAUUUCUCUUCCUCCCCGGCAGUCCCCUCUGCUGCCUUCGCCCCUGCAGUUGCUGCGCCUGCCCCCGCUGCAGCAUCUGGUCUGGGCAUGGCAGCAGCUACCUCCUCCUUCCCUCCCUUCCAUGAUUCAACACCCCAGUUCUCUGCGCCAGGCUUUGGAGCCUUUGCCCCUCCUCCUGGCGCAUCUGCUGCUGCUCCUGCUGCUCCGCCUCCUGCUUUCGCUCCCCCUGCUGCUGCCCCCACAGCAGCUGUAAACAAGGAGAUCUCGUUUGACGAUGAUGACGACGAUUUUGGGGAUUUUGCAGGGAGUGUUGCUGUGAGUGGGAGUGCGAGCAGCGGGAGAGGGGAUACUGCCGCUACGGGUGCAGUCUCUGCUUCCCCGGAAUUUGUGGGGGUAGACCUCAGCAGCACUGCGGUUACCCCCGAUCCUUCGCUUCGCCUGGAUGAUUCGGGUGCUGCGAAUCCAGUGCUGGUGCCGAGUAAUUCAGUGGCGGCAGCAGCAGAAACAGCAGCUCUGGCAGCAGCUAUGUCCGUAACCCAUGCUGCCGCUGCUGCUGAUGGGGCUGUUGCGUCUGCUGCUGCUGUUGGUGUUGCUGCUGGUCCGAUUCCCCUCUCUCUCUUUGGGGAUGACGUGGCGGUUGCUGAGCUGGAGAACGCUGAGCUGUCACUCGGGCCGUUCCCGUCCGCUGGCAGCAGCAAGCCAUCAGACCAUGCUACAUGCACAGGCACAGGCGUAGGAGUAGCAGAUACAGCCAAGGACGUAUCCACCACUGCUGGUGCUGGUGCUGGUGCUUCCGCUGGUGCUGCUGGUACUGGGAAGUCUGGGAACUUGAUGGAUCUUCUGUCGUCCCUCUAUGGAAGCUCGUCUGCAGGCACUGCAACAGGCACAGGGGGAGCAGCAGCGGCAGCAGGAGGAGGGGGGGCAGGAGUAGGGGGAGGAGGAGGAGGAGCAGGAGGGAGGCUGGAAGGGGGCCGGCUAGGUCAGACGUUCUCAACAGGGCGGGUGCCUCUAGCAAUGGCGUCUGCUGCUGGGUAUGGCGGCUUGUUCGGCCUACUCUCCCCAGGAACCCCCCCCACAGAUGUGCCUCUAAGGGGUUCGAUGAGUGAGCAGGUGGGGCAGAGAGGGCGGGGAGGGGGAGGGGUAGGGGGGUCGCUGUCAGGGGAGAGUGGGGAAGGGUGGGAGGAGCAAGGUGACGGGUUUGCGGGCGGCACGGGUUUGUCCUUUGCUGCAGUGGACGGCAGUGGUAGUGGAACCGGUGGUGGCGGCGGCGAUGGUAGCGGCGCCAGCGCUUCAGGUGCCCCAGGUGCCUCAGGAGGGCCUUCAGGUGCUUCAGGUGGUGCCUCAGGUGCUUCAGGUGCAUCCUACCGCAGCAGCGGCCUGCCAGGGGGCGGGCUACAGGGCCUGGCAGCAGACCACGUGCUGCCCAUCGUGGGGGCUCAACUGGGGGAGGGCGUAUUCACUGCCAGCAUAACCGCCGCCCUGGAGUCCGUCCUUCAGCCCACAGUGAUCCGCCUCCCCAACGAGGCUUCUCAAAAGAGAUGGGAGGAGACGCUACAGGAGCUGGCGGAAGGGGCGGAGAGCGUAGCUCGGAACGAAUUUGGGCGGCUGAGUGGGGAGCUGGUGAGGGAGGGACGGAUGGAGGAGGCGUAUGCGUGCCGCCUGCAUGCUGCAGCGGUGCAGUUAUUGCCUGACUGCCAGGGGCAGUACUCCAUGGCUCUGGGGGAUGGUCGAGUGGAGGCAGCUGCUGCUGUGAGGGAAGAUAUCAAGGUCAGUGCCCUCUCUCUCUUAAGCCCUCGAGACAUGAUGAACAGCGUGCGUGGAGAGAGUGCUGGGCAGGUAUUCGAGGCGCCCAGCCCAGCAGCGGUAGAAGGUUGGAGGGAGAGGAGAAUGCAGGCGCAUUCAGCCCCGCCAGUACCAACGGGAGGAGAGGAGAUUCGACACGUGGAUAAAGAAGCUGACGUGGCAGCGACCGAAGGUGACAAGGAUACAGCUGAUGGUGACAAAGCAGCCACCCAAGAUGGCCUGGCAGGCAUGGACGGCGGGGCGGACGGCGGGGAGUCUGGACUGGAAGGGACUGAGGGCGGUGUGACCAAGACAGAGGAAGCUGAAGCCGCUCCCGAGAGCAGGCCGGGGAGGGACUUGGCGUCUCUGCGGUGGGACGAGCGUUCGGUGGGGGAGAUGGGGGAGCUGCAGGAGCAGCACCUGCUACAGCCGAGAGCAAGCCGGGGGGGAGGGACUUGGCGUCUCUGCGGUGGGACGAGCGUUCGGUGGGGGAGAUGGGGGAGCUGCUGGGGCGGAGCAAGGGAGACGCCUUAUCUGUUGCCUAAUCUGUUCACUCUGUUCACCCUGUCUGCUGCAGCUGCAGGAGCCCCUGCUACAGGCGAGGCAGUGGCAGGCAGCAAGCGGGGGGGGAGGGACUUGGCGUCACUGCGGUGGGACGAGCGGUCGGUGGGGGAGAUGGGGGAGCUGCUGGGUCGCAGCAAGGGGGACGCCAGGGCUGCUGCAUUCGAUGGAGAGUUCAAACAAGCGGAGAUCUGUGACCUGGCCGCCCGGGACCUCACAGCAGCGCUGCUGGUGCACCGAAGGGCAGUCUUCUGGUACAACAUUCUCUCGGCAGUUUCUGCAACAGAGGCGGCGUCGUUUGUCCGGUUGUGGGGGGCUGUAGCGGCGCGGUGUGCAGAUGUGCUAGAGGCGGCUGUGGGCGUGAAGGAGAAAGCUGCUGCUGAUGGCACUGGCACGCUUUCUGCCCUGCUCGACAAUCCCAAGGCACGUGACUAUUUCGCAGCCAUCACCCAGACCUACGGCGUGCUUGUAGUCAUCGCUGCCUGUGCCCAGCUGCACCGACCCUGGCUCUCUGUCAGGCUUGGCACAGGCUCGGCAGGUCCACCGCCAGGUUCGGGUGAAUCUGGCAGCUUGGCAGGGGGAGGUUCUGGGGAGGGGGAGCAAGGGGGGGGGGAUGGAGAGGGGGAUAUACUGUGGGCGCACUUGCUUAGAGGGCAGGCAGCGUGGCAGAAUGGAGGGCUGGAAGCAGUGGCCAAUGAGGUGCUGCCACGUGUCAUGGUGCCGCUGUCAUGGUCGGACGUGGAGAAGGUGCUGGAAGGCGCUGAGCUGGCAGCAGUGCAGCGGGCUGCUGAGCUGGCGCUGGAAGGGCGGCAGAGACACAUGGGGCUCGUUGGAGGGUCGGGGACUCUGCUGUGUGCCCUCACACGCCUGCCCAUCUUUGCGUUCACAUGUAAGCUCCUCUUUCAGAUAUCAGCCCUCUUUUUGCUGAUGGUUCUUUUCCUUUUCUGUUUACUGGGCAAGGGAAAGUAG